AUGACUGGAUUAGGGAUGGCAGGCCGGGGCUCGUUAACGGAUACCCGCCCGAGAAGGGCCCAACUGGGCUGGCAUCAGAGGCCCGUCAAAAGGUGGCGGGGAACCUGGAAUCCGUCAACCUUGGAUUUUGGGUGGGGCUGGAUCGUCGACUAUCCGCCCCGAAACCCGCCCGGCGGAUUACCCGUGCACCAGAACGACGUCGUUUCGACGAGCAUCCAGACAGAGUCUAGGUCUCAAGGGUAA